AGUAGAGCAGCGUGCGCGAGUGGAGUCGCGGCGAGCGGCCAGUGUCAGUAUAGUCGCAUCGAGCACUCUCGCUCGACUAGGUCGCCUUCGCGUAUCGUAGAGCCGCCUCCGCGGAAGCCGGACAGUCACCGCAUCAGACUGACAAGAGAGAGGGAGAGUACAGUAGCCGCUGCAUCAGGAUAUCGCUCUAUCCCGCGGACAGGGGGCAAAGGACGAAGCGAAGGCCGCGCAGUGCAGUGUAUCUCCCCCAGCUGUGCACAUCCUGCGUCUAUGUUCUCGGAGAAGAGGCUCGAAGCCAGUGGACACGUGACCUCCUCGACGACAUCGCGGUAGUCCGAGAUGUCAAUGAAGAAAGAAUCGCCCUGGGACGUGGAGCUACACUUGGCAGCGGCUCGUGGCGACGCGAAACGGCUCCAAGUCCUCUUGGACUCGGGUCGUGUCCACGUCGACUGCAAGGACAAGGAUGGCACAACGCCGCUGAUUUUGGCAGCAGCCGGAGGUCACAUCGACGCCGUCGUCGAGCUUCUGCAGCAGGGCGCCGAUGCCAAUGCCAAACGACUGACGGGAACGACGGCGCUGUUCUUCUCGGCCCAGGGAGGCUACAUGGACAUCGCGACUAUCCUGAUCAAGCAUGGCGCUGUCGUUGACUCCUGCAGUAUCGACGGCGGGACGCCCCUCUUCGUCGCAUGUCAGUGCGGACACCUCGAUGUCGUCGAGGGUCUCAUCGCCAAAGGCGCCAACGUCAACGCUCACAUGAAGGACGGCGCGACGGCCCUCUUCAUAGCGGCGCAGAACGGACACGUGCGAAUACUGGAGGUGCUGCUGGCGUACGGGGCGAAGACGGAGGCUGCCAGGACGGACGGCGCGACGCCUCUUUGGAUCGCCGCGCAAAUGGGUCACGAUCACGUGGUCAGGAGGCUCCUCAAAGCGGGCGCCAAAGUAGACUCCAAGAGACACGAUGGCGCAACUCCUCUAUUCAAAGCUGCCCACAAAGGCCACACGGCAGUCAUUGGUGAAAUACUUAAGUACCGUCCAAAUCUCGGAAUCCUUCCCAACGGAGAAAGUGCUCUUCACGCAGCGGCAUUAAUGGGUCAUAUGACGGUUGCGCGCCAGCUCGUCGGCACGGGUGCGGAUCCUCUAUUGGUCAAUCAGGAAGGGCUCACUCCGCUUCAGAUAGCUAUUAGACACUCGCAGAAUCAGGUUGCCAAUUAUCUCAAGGACAAAAUUAGGUCAAGGACAGCGCCCUGCUAAUGCACGCAUAUCUCGACUAUCAUGCCAAAUUUGUUUUCUCCCCUCUCUAUACUCUUACCGAGCGUAAUACCUGUGAUUUACAACGUUAUAAUAGCUUACUUCCAAAAAUAUCACGUUUUAGUAACGCAAGCAUCCAAAGCAAAGUUUUAAUUUCUGCGUGAAAAAUGUGCAAUGAUGAGUGAAAUCGGAAUUAUUUAUUAACGGGCUUGAAUCUGACGUUUUUGGAAGUACAACGAUCGUGUAUGAUUUAUUUGCUUUACACUACAAACUGCUCCAAUAAUAAAAUGUAAUCAAUUGAUGAUGAUUAGUAUGCGGUUUAAGUAUAUUGACAUUCGAAUUGAAGGAUUUGAAACGAUGUGCAAAGCAUAUCCAUUCUGAAAGAAUUUCCUAUUGUAAAUAUAUACAAUUGCACUCUUAUUUUGUAAAAUAUAACAGUUCCUUAUUAGGAGUAGCUGUGAAGAAAAAUUAGAAAAUACAUUGUUAUAUGCGUUAGUAAUAACUUUACUAAUCGACCAAUCAAGUGCAAUCUUUGGUAGCUGUUUUAACAAAGAUACGUCCAUUAUAUAUAAACAAUGCUUACAUAUACUAAUAUUUAUAAAAUAUUGUUGAUUUUAAUUUGUUUAUUUUUAUCAGCAGUCUGUUGAAUAAUUACAAAUGCGAGAAGCGUGCGCCAAAAUCAUUCUGAAGAGAUACGAAAAUUCUAUAAGACUGACUGAUCUGCCUUACCGAAUGUUUCAAACUGUUAUCUUUAUCGAAAGAGAUAGUGAGGCAUGAGCGUAUACAAAAUCUUCGUUUGGAUUGUGUGUAAUUCGUAUGUAGUCAUCGAUUCUAAAAUGCAAUUUUUGCUGUAAAAACAAUGUUUUAUUUACUUAAUUUUAAUAUUUAUUUAAUUGGAAAAGAAAAAUCUUUAGUAAAUAUUCAAGUCUUCCCAGUGCUAGAUAUACUAUUGUAAAUCGAAAAUUCUUGUUAUUGUUAACAAAAACAAAAAAAGAGGAAAGUAUAUGAAGGUUUAUUGAGAAGUAAUAAAAUUACAUGAAUUACUGUCAAAACUAAA